UGCACUCCGAAGUGCACAGCCCCUGAAUUGGGACACAGCUAAAGAAUCAGCGAUCAGUGCAGAAUGAAGAGAAACACUUUCAAGAAGGAUUUUUGAGACAUUUGUUUCUGAACAGACAGCAGAUCGUUGUGAUUAAAACCGUCGUUCAGAAAGUGAAAGUAAAGUUUAUAUUGCUGGAGCUCAAACAGUGAAAAUGGCUUCACUAAAUGUUUCUGCUGAAGAACUUGCUUGUCCCGUGUGCUGUGAAAUCUUCCAGGCUCCUGUUCUUUUAUCAUGUAGUCACAGUGUCUGUAAAGAGUGUCUUCAACAGUUCUGGAGAAUCAGAAAAACUCAGGAGUGUCCUGUCUGCAGGAGAAGAUCCUCAGGUGAUCACCCUCCUCUUAAUCUUGUGUUAAAAAACUUGUGUGAGUUGGUCCUGACGGAGAGAAAUGAGACGAGUUCAUCAGGAUCUGAGGAGAUCUGCAGUUUACACAGUGAGAAACUCAAACUCUUCUGUCUGGAGGACAAACAGCCUUUGUGUUUAGUGUGCAGAGAUUCACAGAAACACGUCAGUCACACAUUCAGACCCAUCUGUGAAGUUGUUUCAUCAUAUAAGGAGGAGCUCAAUACAGCACUGAAGUCCUUACAAGAGAAACUUCAACACAAGAAAAACAUUAAAGGAGAGUUUGAGAAAACAGUUCAACACAUCGAGUCUCAAGCUGAGCACACAGAGCGUCAGAUUAAACAGCAGUUUGAGAAGCUUCAUCAGUUUCUCAGAGAUGAAGAAGAAGCUACAAUCACUGCACUGAGGGAGGAAGAGGAGCAGAAGAAGCAGAUGAUGAAGGAGAAGCUGGAGGAGAUGAACAGACACAUCUCAGCUCUUUCACACACAAUCAAAGACACGGAGGAGAUGAUGAAAGCCAAUGACGUCUGCUUUCUGAAGGAGUUUCCAGUCUCAAAGGAAAGAGUCCAGAUCUCACAGCCGGAUCCACAGAUGGCUUCUGGAGCUUUGAUUCAUGUGCCGCGUUACUUGGGCAACCUUCCUUUCAGAGUCUGGAAGAAGAUGCAGGACAUCGUCCAAAACACUCCUGUGAUUCUGGAUCCAAACACUGCAGAUCCACGUCUCGUCCUGUCUGAUGAUCUGACCAGUGUGAGAAACAGCGGGAACAGACAACCUCUUCCUGAUAAUCCAGAGAGAUUUGACUGUUAUGAGUGUGUUCUGGGUUCAGAGGGUUUUAACUCAGGAACACACUGCUGGGAUGUGGAGGUUAAAGAGAGUCAGUGGUGGACUCUUGGAGUAACUACAGCAUCAAUCAAGAGGAAGGGAGAUGUUUUCUUCAGCACUGAUGUCUGGUGUGUGUCGUACAGAUGGACUCCAGGUUCUAGUUUUCGUGUCAAUCAGAAGCUUGAUCAUGUGAGAGUGAAUCUGGACUAUGACAGAGGAACGGUUUCAUUUUCUGAUCCUGUAACUAACACACAUCUACACACAUUCACAACCACCUUCACUCACACACUCUUUCCAUUCUUCUGCUCUUCCUCUCUGAGGAUCUUACCGGUCAAUAGUCAGUAAUCGUUACUCCUGUAGGUCUGGAUCUUCCUGCUUUUGUCAUGUUUCCAAUAUUUAAUCCAGAUCACAUGAGUAAGAGUGCUGUUAAACUGAAUAUCAGUACGGUGGCUGUGAUUGGCCUGUGAUGAUCACAUGACUGAUAUCAGCAACACUCACACUCUCAUAUUUCAUAAAACAAAUCAAUAAACAACAAGUUUAUUUAAUUAGAGUUUAGAAGAAAAAGCACUUUACACAAUAAGAACAAAUUUUGAGACCAUUGUAGGAUAAUGACCUGAUUAUUUUUAGUGAAGUUCGUCAAUUUGCUAAUUUUCACAUAAUUAUAUUUUUUUUUUCUAGAAACUGAACCUGAAAAGUCAAUGUUUCUGUGAUUCACUGACAAAGACAGUUUCAGAACAGAAUUUGAUGAUCUCUAGUUUUAAAAGUUUUGAACUACAGCAUCAUUCAGACACACAGACAUUGAGAAUCAGCGCAUGAAUCUCAACAAUGACAAUCAAAAGCUUCAUGCCGCAGAGCAUGCUGGGAGUUUUGUAUGCUGGCACCCAGCAUGCAUUGCAGCAUUAAGUUUUUGAUUGUCACCAUUUCUGAUGUGUGAAUGAUGCAGUACCUCUGAAAGUGUUAUGUGAUGUCAUAAUCAUCAUGAUUGUCUGAUUCGCUGAUCUCAUUCUGUCUAUAAAUCACAGUCUUUCUUUGGUGUCAAAUAGUUCCUGUCAGAUCACAUCUAACAAUCAUUACAGGUAGUAAGUCAUAUACUUACUGCUUAAUUUAGUUCUUACAACAUAGUGUGGAGCUGCUUGACAUUCUUCUUUAGGUAGAUGUUUAUUAAGAUUAAAAGUGUGUAACACUCCAGUUAGUAUGCCAGGAGGGUACACUAAAUAAGGGGAACGAUUGUGCCACUUAAACAACACAAAACAAAAAAAAUAAAACAGGAGACAAAUGUCAUCAAUAAACCCAAGUGUAUUUACAGUUCAAUCCGUGUACACACAAAAACCACGUUAAACAUCCAAGGUGAAAAAUGUAUGUAAAUAUGUGUGUGUGUGUGUGUGUGUGAGAAAGUCUCUAGAGUCCAGCACGUAAAAGUUUAUAUAGGAUCAGUCUCACCGGGGAAAAUACCAAGUCCGAGAGCGGUAUCCUUCAGGAGAUGUCCAACUGUUUAAAGUCCUCUGGAGCGAGUAUUCCGUGCAAAAACAAAACAAUAUACUCCACAAGAGACGGCGCAAAAUCAGCACUCCAAAAACAGUCAGGAUCCGAAGCAGAUGGGAAAAAAAAUGUGUAUAUAUUUGAAUGAAAAAGACGCGCUGUCAAACGCUGGAGUGCCGGUUCCUUAUAUAGGAAAAAACAUUGUAAACAUCCCGCUGAGAUGACGUAACGUCACGUGACGACGGAGCGCGAAGAGAAUCUCGCGGGAGCACAAAUCGGGGUCAAACACAGACAACACAUAAGGGAGAAAAUAGUACACAGAAGAAAGCUAUUAACAUAUAAUAGUCAAUGCAUUAUUAUUGACAAUUGAAACUAUAAUUAGGCUUUCCCUUAUGUGGCAACGCUACAUAAAUCCCUCCCCCCAGCCUGCGGCGUUGGAGGAGAGCGUCCAUACCAGCGCUUCAGGUUAACCACAUUUACAUUUUCAGUUUUAAGUGGGUCUCCCCAACGAAACUGUGUAAUUUAUUGGCCCUAUUUUUUUGAUUAUUUCAGCUGGUCCCUCCCACUUGGGCGCUAGCUUAGCAAAAUAUUUGUUCGAGGCUGAUGAAAGUGGAUGUGUUCUCAUCCAGACUAGAUCUCCCAAGUGAAACUGCGCAUCUUUCCUUCGGGUAUUGUAGUAUCUAGCUUGUCUGGCUUGCUGCACUUUCGUUCUAGACUUUACCUCCUCUGCCAUGAUGUUCUGUCUCUCCAGGAGAUGAUAUGAGGCUUGAUCUGGUGCAAGUGGUCUGAAGAUUGAUCUCUCCAAAGGCCCGUGAAGCUGCCUGCCCAGCAUCAACUCUGCUGGAGUUUUGCCAGUGGUCUCCUGGUAAGCUGUAUUAAUGGCAAAACGAAAUUCAGAUAACCACUGGUCCCAUGUUUGAUGGUUUUGUCCCAAAUAUGACGCAAUCAUAGUUUUUAAUGUCCGGUUUAUUCUUUCGGUCAGGUUUGUUUGAGGAUGACAACUGGUAGCGAGUUUUUAGGUAGUGCCCCAGGUCUUGCAGAGCUCGGCCAGAACAUUGGAGGUAAAUUGUGCUCCACGGUCAGAUAUAAUGUAUUUUGGUACCCCCCAGCGGGUAAAGAUCUCAUCCUUGAGAAUUCUGACAAUUUUCUGUGUCUUGCCAUCUCUGAGAGGGAACAUUUCCACCCAUUUUGUGUAGUAAUCAACUACCACAAGGAGGUAAGAGUUUUGUGUUUUACUAAGAGGAAAUUGGACCCAUCAAAUCCAUUCCCAAAGUGUGCCCUGGUUCCAUCACCUGCGUGUUUUGUAGAAACCCACUAGGUUUUUUUCGUCAUGCUUGUAUUUUUGACAGGUGUCGCAGCCCUUGACGUAUUGCCAGACGUCUUUGCGGAUACUUGGCCACGAUGCCACCUCCAAAAGCCUCAACAGAGUUUUUAACAGGCCAAGAUGUCCCCCCAGAGGGUUAUCAUGAAAGUAAUGGAGGAAAGUGGGUAUUAAUGCCUGAGGUACGACCACUUGAAACUUGUCUCCAUUAUUUCUGACAGGUACUCGGCGAUACAAUACCCACUGGUGGUCCUCGAAGGUAAUGUGCUGGCCUUGAACUUUCCUGAUUUUUUUUUGAUCUGAUUGCAGGUGAGAUAUGGUAGUGUCAUUCUUCUGGGCUUGAGAUAUUUCAUCUAGUGUAUUAGGAAUGUCUGAUGCAUGCCUAGAUGUUAUGGGUAAGCAGUGCACAUGGUCUGGCUCACAGGCACGAGAUAAUGCAUCUGGACCUAGAUUGAGGCACCCCUUUCUGUGAUGCACCUGGAAGUGGAAUUGUUGCAGCCUAAGAGUCCAGCGGGUCAGACGAGAGGAGGUUUUGGGACUAUUGAAGGCCCAAGCUAGAGCUGCAUGGCCAUCAGGUUUGGGGACUAGCACCACCGGUGAUGACCAUGGAGAAAAGGAGGGUUCAAUGAUGUGGUCUCGGAGCAUCUGAUCUACUUGGUCUUCAAUGAUCUUCCUUUUGAAGGGUGAGACUCUAUAUGCUCUGGACUUAAUCGGUACCUCAUCAGACAAGAUGAUUUUAUGUUGUUCUACCGAUGUCUUCCCCAAGACAUCUGAGGUGGUGCAUGGCCAGGUAGCCAUCAGCUUCCGCAACUCCUCCUGAUUGUCAGAGUCCCAGCAUGGAACAACCUCCGUGUUCAGGGUAGUGAGUGGUGGUUGCCAGGUUGGAGGUAAGGCGCAGUAGAGAGUCACAGCAACAGGGUGGAGAGUGUUUUCGCCAGUCGUUGUCAGCCCCGGAGUAAUGGAAGAUGUCAAGAAAGGGUAGUAUGUAUAGCCUUUCUCUGUUUUUAGGCCAUAUCUUCCUUCGCCCACAUCCAGAAGGGCUUCAGCGGCUCUCAGGAAGUCCAAGCCAGCAAUCAGGGGAAAUGCGAGGUGGGCUCCCUUCAUUAUAUAAGUGUCCACACUGCAGACUUUAUCAUGCCACUUGUAACUAAUUGAGCUUUGGUUUAUUGCCAGGUGAACCUUCCCAUCAGCCAUGAUGAAUCUUUGUUGGGAGUUUGGAGGGAGUGAUGAAGCAGCGCUACCCAACUGUCUCCACAGGUUUUCCUGCAUGAGGGUGUAGGUGCUACCUGUGUCCAAUACGGCCUUAACUUCUUUGCCUUUUACUGUUACAGGAACCAAGAGGAGUGAUGUCAGUGAGUGAGGUUGUGCGAUCGAUAAUCCAGCCAGGUUUUUGGAGGUACUGCGUUCCACAGAUUUUUUUUAUUGGCUUUUCCUUUGCUGUUUUGACCACCAACUUUCUGCCAAUAAUCUUUUGCCCCCAUAUAGUUUUUUUUUUUCCACCAUAGAUCCAACUUUCACCAGCUGUUCCACUGUUUUCACAGUCCCCCUCAAACAGCCCGCGACCCUGGGGUUAAUGUUGAUGAGGAUGCGGCUCACCAUCUCGUCCUCCGCCAUAUCAGGCUUCCAUUUGAGGCAGAGGGCCUGAUAAUCAUAGGCAAAAUCUCUCAGGCGUUGACGCAGGCUACUGGACCAAAGACCUCAGCUUAUCCUCCACCUCUGUGAGGUAGUCAUCUGGAAGAAAAGCCGCCAUAAAUGCCUUUUUGAAAGACUGCCAAUCUGUUACCUUACUCUUCUCUGCUUUCCACUAGCUGAGAGCAGGCCCUUUCAGGACCAUGUUCAGGGUUCCGUAGAGCUCCCCACUGGGAAGGGGCCUGAUGUCCAAGUAGUUCUCGCAUUGUUUGAUGAAGUUGAGCACAUCCGAUGUCUCGCAGGAGUCACCAAAGGUGGGAAACUCCAACCGAAUAGGGUGCUGAGUGCAGAAAAAAAAUGUACUUGGAACAGCUGGAGGAUUAAGCACAUUGGUUAGUGGUGUAGACACAGGGGAGACCUCAUAUGUUGCAUUGGCAGAUUUUGGUAGUGGUACUCUAACUCUAGGGGCUGGCACUGGGGUUACGGGAGCGUGAACCGAGGAAAUAGAGUGAGCUUGAGUAUAAGAGUGUAAUCUGGAGAGAGAAGGGGUACUAGUUAGUCGUAGCUUCUUCAUUUGACGUUCCCACUUUUCAUCUCUCCUCAGCAAACAGUCCACCACAGCCCUCUCCAACUUCUCCAAGCAGUUACGAAAAGAGUCCUCUAAGUCUGCUAAGCUAGCGUCCACAGCAUCCCUGAAACUGGACUCCUGAUUGAGGGUGCUUUCUACAGACUGUUUAAACUCAUGCUCAAAUGUUUGUACCUUAGUAUUAAGGGCCAGUAAAUCCACCUUGACUUGA